AACAUUGUCGUAAAAGUGUUCCCUUUGAAGUUUCCUUUCAACAAAAUGUGUGCUAACAGAUCAUCUCAUCUUCUUGUGGCGAAGCUGUUCUUGCUGGUGGUGCUGUGCGCGGUGCUUUUCCCGGUUCCCGGCUCGGCACAAGUGACAUUCUCCCGUGACUGGAAUGCUGGCAAGCGUACCGUGCCCGAAUCUUCGAGCGGAUCGAGCGAAUGCGGCUCCAUUUGGCGCUCUAUUAACAACUUGUGUUCGGCUGUAACGAAAAACAUACAACAUCUUACCCUUUGCGAGACACGUUCGCUGCUGAAGUCGUUGCAAACAGACGAAUCCUCGAUGGAGUCAAGCAGUGGGAAUAAUUUGCCAAUAUUCACCAACAGUCACAUCUAACUCGACGGCUCAACGGCUCGAAUCGGUACGAUAACGAUGGAAGUGGGUAACCAAAGCCAAACAUUCCGAAACAAACAAAAAUGGGAAACCAUUCCGAUCACUUCCUGAACGGAUGUAAGCAUUCAAUUAUCUGUAACCUGCCACUUAGAUCCCGAUUCCUGUAGUGUAAGGAACAAAAACAAAACUUAAACAAACACUUUCCACCAAUCUGCGGCACCAGCAGAAUGAGCGGAGGGCAAAAAUUGUGCAAGUGUCAAGGCAAGAAAAAGGAAAAUGAAAACAACGAGAUGGGGGGGAGGAAAAUGCAUUAGAAUAACAUAACAAAAGUGAAAGAAUAAAAAGAAAAAUCCUG